AUGGUUGAUGGAAAAUGCACAAAGAAAUAUCCACGUCAAUUGCUUCCACAAACAAUCUCGGGAAAUGAUGGAUACCCACUUUAUCGCCGACGUUCUGUGGAUGAUGGUGGCCAAACAAUUUCAGUAAAGAUAAAUGAAAAUGAUGUUGAUGUUGAUAAUCGCUGGAUAGUGCCUUACUGUCCAUUGCUUUCAAAAACCUUUAAAGCGCAUAUAAAUGUGGAGUAUUGUCAUUCUGUAAAGUCUAUCAAAUACAUCUGCAAAUAUGUAACUAAAGGGUCGGAUAUGGCUAUUUUUUCGUUGCAAAAUCCAAACGAUGAAAUUACUCAGUAUCAGAUGGCCAGGUACAUUAGUAGCAAUGAAGCAGUUUGGCGAAUUUUAGGAUUUCCUAUUCAUGAACGGCAUCCCACAGUUGUUCAUUUAUCAGUACAUCUUGAAAAUGGACAACGAGUUUAUUUUACAGAAGGAAAUGCGCGAGAGAGAGCAACAGAACCACCGGCUACAACACUAACUUCAUUUUUUGAUCUUUGCAGAAUGGAUUUAUUUGCUAAAACAUUGCUGUAUUCAGAAAUUCCAACGUACUAUACGUGGAAUGCAUCAACAAGGAAGUUCCAACGUCGUAAGCAAGGGAAACCUGUUGCAGGAUGGCCAAAUUUAUAUUCAACAGAUGCAUUAGGUAGGGUGUAUACUGUCCAUCCCCAAAAUUCAGAAUGUUUUUAUUUAAGACUGCUUUUAAUUAAUGUUCCAGGACCAACAUCUUUUGAGAACUUGCGUACUGUUGAUGGCGAAAUAUGUGCAACGUAUCGAGAGGCAUGCCAAAAACUACAAUUAUUGGAGAACGAUAGUCAUUGGGAAACCACGCUUGCAGAUGCAGCGGCAAUCAACCAUCCUUCGAAAAUAAGAACGUUAUUUGCAAUAAUAUUGGUGUCUUGCUCACCAGCCAAUCCAAAAGAACUAUGGAAUAAAUUCAAAACAUAUAUGGCUGAAGAUAUAUUACACCGGGAGAGAGUUACCACAAACAACGCUACAAUUGAACUCAACGAAAGAACGUAUAAUGAGGCAUUAAUUUUACUGGAAGACAAAUGUUUGGAGAUAAAGAAUGUCGCACUCAUUGACGUUGGAAUGAUUUCCCCGAUUCGGUCAAGAACUGAUGCACAUGAUCAAGAUUUGCGACGAGAAAGAGAUUACAACACCCAAGAUUUGGAAAGUUUACUGGAAGACAAUUUACCACAUUUACAACAAGAGCAGAGAAUAGCAUACAAUACUACAAUGGCAGCAAUAUCAAACAAACAUGGAGGACUAUAUUUUAUUGAUGCACCCGGAGGAACUGGAAAAACUUUUUUGAUUUCAUUAAUUUUGGCAAAAGUUCGAUCGCAAAAACAUAUUGCAUUAGCUAUUGCAUCAUCUGGCAUUGCAGCAACACUCUUAGAUGGUGGCAGAACAGCACAUUCUGCACUCAAAUUACCAUUGAAGCCUCAAUUUUACGAAGAUUACACAUGCAACAUAAAGAAAAAUUCUUCUAUGGGUAAAGUACUGCAACAAUGUGAAAUCAUAGUAUGGGAUGAAUGCACCAUGGCGCACAAAAAAUCUUUGGAAGCCCUUGAUCGCACUUUACAGGACUUAAGAAGUAAUAACAAAAUAUUUGGAGGUGCAUUAGUUCUAUUAGCUGGCGAUUUUCGUCAAACGCUUCCGGUAAUACCGGGAUCAACGCCAGCUGAUGAGCUAAAUGUAUGUCUAAAAUCAUCAUACCUUUGGAAACAUGUUCACACACUAAAAUUGACGACUAAUAUGCGUGUUCAGUUGCAACGUGAUGCUUCAGCUUCAACUUUUUCCAAACAAUUACUGGAUUUAGGGAACGGUAAAAUGCCAAUCCAUCCCACAACAAAAUGUAUAACAUUUCCAUCUGACUUCUGCAGGAUGACGCAAUCUAUACAAGAGUUAAUAAAUUGCGUUUUCCCCAAUAUCGGACAAAAUUUUAAAAACAAGCAAUGGUUAUGUGAACGCGCGUUACUGGCAGCCAAAAAUAUAGACGUUAACUCCAUCAACAGCAACAUUCUGAAUACCAUCGAUGGUAAUCUAAAAAUUUAUAAAUCAAUCGACACUGUUACAAAUAUUGAGGAUGUCGUCAAUUAUCCAGUAGAAUUUUUAAAUUCGUUAGAUUUGCCCGGCUUUCCACCACAUGACUUGCAGUUGAAAAUUGGUGCUCCUAUUAUUUUACUAAGAAACAUUGAUCCACCACGACUUUGUAAUGGCACUCGACUUAUAGUAAAGAAAUUAAUGAACAAUCUAAUCGAGGCGACCAUUAUAACUGGAAAGUACAAUGGAUCAGAUGUAUUGCUGCCACGUAUUCCGAUGAUAACUUCGGAAAUGCCAUUUGAUUUUAAGCGAUUGCAGUUUCCUAUUCGCCUAGCAUUUGCAAUGACAAUUAAUAAAGCUCAAGGGUGCACACAACAAAGUAUACAUGAGCAAUGCACAUGUCCACAAAAGAAUGUUGACGCUACACAUGCGCCAACUAAUCGUAUUACGGUGCAGGAUCGUGUUUCGUCUGGCAAUGCCGCAUCAGCAAAUUUAUUAAUUAAAACUUUGUAA